GUGAUAAGCGGUAUGUGCGCCUGAACGCUCUACAUUAUACACCUUAGCUGUGUUAACUUAAUGAGCGAAUGUUUGCUCCUUCCCCUUUUUUUUUUGCGCUUUGCCAGAUAGGGUGUUUCGUUUCACCCUACGUGAUGGGUGUUUCUACUGAAAUGAGAUGUCACCAUCGCGUCACUUCCUUACUGCCUUCGAGAUGCACCUGCGGUACAUUGGAGGCACAUCCCCCCUUUAAUCGUGUUUCCCCAGGAGCGGUGGGACCCUGAACCCGUUGUAGCUUUGUAUAGAGAACAACGAAAAGGACCUUUUUUUCUUCUUUUUUUAACCUACAUAAUUUAAGCGCACAGCUUGGCAUCAUUUAGGGUUACUCUUUUUUUUUUUUGUCGCCCCCAUUUUGAAUGAUCCCCUUGGCUGUGCUGUCCCUUUAGCGAGUUGCACCCACAUCUAGGUGUUCCCCAGGGGGGUAAACGCCUACUAUGCUUCGCGUCUCCCCCGAUUAGUCCCUCGCCCCAACUGUAGCAUGACACCGCCCAGGAACGUCUUCCUCAGAAUUGAGCGCGAGCUAACCAUUUUUCGCCAGCUGAAGAGGCUAAAGCGGAUUGACACUGAAACGAGGCGUCUGCAGGGAAAUGGCGGGGGGGCACCCGAAGCGAGCAACUCGCACAGCGGGAAUAAGGACAGCAAGGUGUACCUCACAAGCAGCAAAAUAAGUAAAGACAACCCACGUGCUAGCGCUUCUAACGCGAAGGGGAAGAGGGAUGGCCGAUGGGAAGAGAACACGGCUCACCACACACAUGUGCAGAGCGAUAGGAGGAACCUCACCAGUUACUACGAAGGACAGCAUUACAGUAGCAAAAUUUUACCAAACCGAUUGCAAAGUGUAAGCGGUAGUAGCCCCCCAAGUGGCAGCAAAAGCCAGUGGCAGAACCUCCGAAGCGACCAAUUGGGAAGUGGCCCCCCCCAGAGUGGAAGUGGAAGCCCCAAUUUGUACAUAGACAAAUUACACGACUAUCUAGACAUAGCGCAAAAAUCAGAAAAUGAAAAAAUAAAAAUAAAUAAAAUACUAAACAGAUUGAGAAGUGAAAACCUAACCAUACACGCCAUCCUGGAGGUGCUAAAAAGCCUGUGCACCAUUUUGUUAAAGAGGACUUCGCACCAUUUGGAUAGCUGCGUACCAGUGGAUUACUUGAACACAAAAAAUGGAGUGAAAAAAUACAACAGCUAUUUUGAGGAGUACUUUACCCACGUGGAGAGGUACAUACAGAACUACCUCUGCCUCAUUAACGAACGGAAUAUUUUCGACCUCUUAAAAUAUUUGUACUAUCUCAAGUACGCUUUAAAAUUAGACGUUAUGGAGCUCCUGCUGGAGAGGUUUUACCUUCAUAUGGACAAACUGGACAGUUUGAAAACGGGGCAGGCAUUCUACAUCAUACAGUCCUUUUACCAGCACUUCUAUAAGAAGGAAGUGGAUGGCUACCUCACCUUAACUGUGGAUGAUAAGAUGAAGAAGGCGUAUGGAGGUGACCUGCUUACGGGAAAACCAUCCCAUUUGAGCCCCCCCUCGCAGGGUAACAAGUACACCUUUGCAGACCUGUUUGAGGGCACUUCCUCGAAAUGGACCCUACGAAGUAGCAACAAUGGGCUGUUUAGAAGUGGCUCCGAGAAGGGGGACUACUACACCGAUGGGGAAGUAACCAAUUUGGUCACCUCGCAUGAUGAAGGGGCUAACCCCAUGGAAGUAGCAACGGUGAUGCGGAGCCAAGAAUUUGGAGACGCCUCAAAAUAUACUUAUGACCCCACUGAAGAGAGGAGAAAAAAACUCCAAGGUGAUGAAAUUUUGACAAUUUUUAAGUACAUUGAAAAUUUUCACCACAAAAUGGAUUUCUACUACACAGAUAAGGUGGUGACCUUUUUGAAAAAAAAUCGAAACGAACUCCCCACGGAUGCUCUCCUAUGCGUGGCGAACGUUUACCUAAACGGGGCUGACGAAGCGAUGAGCAGAAAAUUAAACGAAGUGCUGCACAACCGAGUGGACCACAUGAAUGAGGACCAGCUGGUGCUGCUAGCAGACUAUUUGAAGAGGGCAAAAAAGGUGGAGGGGAUCACCCAAGAUGGCAUCACCGUGGAGGGAAUCACCGCAGAUGGCAUCACCAUGGAGGGCAACCGCGGCACCCCGCUGGUCAGCAAAAUUCUCCGCAAAGUAAAAAACGAUAGCGAGCUGAUCACCCCGAAUAACCUCGCAGCGGUGUAUCUAAGCCUGCACGAAGUUGUCAGCAAAUUGUCCCCAUCCUCAGUUAGCAAUACCGAUGGGAAGGAUGACCCUCUUCUACCGAGUCAGGCGGAGAAAAGGGGGGCUCAUGAAGACACCGGUGGGGGAGCUACCCCAGAGACACUCGCGGAGAGGCAAAACUUCACCACAAUGGGUAACAUCCCCCAUGGAGAUGGCGAAAAAGGAUCGGCCAUAAGUACAGAAGGGGAGGCAGAGAAAAACUCCCUUACGCAAGAAGUGAUCAAAUUCUGUGAUAACUGCGUUAACAGCAUUUCGCACUUCCCAUCCCUCCUGAGUCUGUACCUUCUGUACAUAAAGAACGACGCGGUAAAGCAUAAGACCGUACAGGCAUUUGAAAAAAAAAUAAAAAUGAAUAAACACAAAUUGACGCAGGAGAACAUUUCGAAAAUAAUACUGUCGUUGAGUAUUCACCCGAACCAUACAACGCAGAUGUUCACCUUCUUGGAAAAUGUGAUCGGCGAAAGGUUGGGCAGCGCGAGGGGCGGCGAGGAAGGGGAAGGGGGCGCACCGGGGGGGAGCGAAAUUGGAGAUAUAACAACUGGAGAGAUCACAACUGGAGAUAUCACAAUUGGAGAUAUCACAAUUGGAGAUAUCCCCCCCCGGGAGCGCGACUCAAACCGUGCGAGGCACCCCCCGCAGGUGGACGCCAACUACCUAAUUGACAUCGCACUCGCCUUCGGAAUCGCCGGGAGGAAGAACCUAAAUCUGUGGAAAUUUAUAGACGUGCGCAAAACAGUCCUCACGUGUAACAAAAAACUGCUGCUAUACCUAUCAUACAGUUUUCUGCUGACCAAUUACGUCUGCCCACUGUCCUGGUUCUUCCUCAUAAAAAGGAUCGUAGAGGAUGUGAGGGCCUUCAACAAAAAGCAGUAUGAGCUGUUGUACGAAAUAUUGAAGUGUGCCAUGAUGCUUAACUGCAUCGACUUGAAUAAUUUUUCCAACGGAAAUUCGUUCGGUUAUGUAACUCGCUGGAGGAGGAGCCAGCUAGCGGAGGACCCCUCCCUCAGCAGCUACGCCAAUAAGAAUACUAACCCAGCUAGCCAUUUUCUCAAAACAUUUCAGUACCUGCUAAACGCCUCCUAUUUUCACUACAAAAUGAAGCUGAUAAAUGAGCAGCACACUUCCAAAGUUCCCUACGAAGACGUUUUCAAUUACCUAAAAUUAAAGUACCAGAAAAAUGUAGAAUUUAAGCAGCUGUAUAUAAUGCCCUAUUUGCUCUCCGACUACAACGUCAUCGUUGACCCUCUGCCGAGCACUCCCAUCCACAGGUGCAGUGGAUACAUCAUGGGGGAAAUACAACUGAAGCAUAAAGUGUUUCAGUGUGAUAACUACGUGGUUUUGUCUUUCUAUGAUGGCAUGUGGGAUGAGUUUUUAAAGGCACCCCCUGGGGGGGAAGGAGAGCCCGCUUAUGAUAUUAAGGCCUUAGCGGAGCACUUCAAAACGUAUACUGAGUCACACAUCAAAAUUAAGAUUAACAAGGCCGCUAUGGUUCGCGCGGGUGGAGGUAUGCAGAGCGGGGGGGUUGUUCCCCCCUUUGCGCAUGACAGCAAAGUUAGAAGCGGAGGACCCCCGCCAGGCGUUAACUAUCUCAAGUACACGAAGAAGGACUCCCCACAGGAGCAGCGAAAUAGGUACUUAACGCACAAGCCAAACAGUAUGAGCCCCAAUCAAGAUAAUAAUAAAUACUUAAAAGUUAAAACAAAAAUGGUGAGGAAAGCGGCCUGA